AUGCCCCGCCCGCUGCGGCUCCUCUUCUCGCUGACCACGAGCCUGCUCGCCGUCUCACUACUCCUCUUUGUCACCCUAGGCGCGCAGCAGGACCAAAAGUUCGAGGGAGCGUCACGUGCGCAGAAACAGUCCAGCGUCAACGCCCUCUUCUCCUUCACCUCGCCAAGCUCGCUCUUCCCUCCGUCCGCCAUCAUAAGCCUCACAGACGACAACUCGACCUUCUUCCUCGCCCGACCUGCAGCGUUUGGGCCAGCGCUGCCAAGCGAUGGGUUGAGCGGCCCACUAUGGAUUGGCAGUGGCUUUGGCGACGACGCCUUGAGUAGAGGCGAGCUGGGCUGUAGCGACAUACCCGGAUGGGACGGUAGCAGUGAGGGACUUGCACGUGCUCUGAAGCCAGCUUCUACUGUUAAGAGCAGAAGGACUGGGCCUCUGGCCGAGAAGAAGGACAAGCCAAGACGGAUCGCCCGAGAAGAAGAGACAGAGUCACCACCGACAGAUGAUGGUACCGACGACCACCUGCACCAGCCUCUCGAACAAGGCACACGGCACUCGUCAGACCACGCCGAUAUCCAAUCACUCCAAGAAAGCGCCGAGAUCGCAGGCAAAGUAGUACUGCUCAAACGAGGAGGCUGCGGCUUUUUGGCCAAGGUAGAGUGGGCACAAAGACGUGGAGGCGUUGCUGUCAUCGUGGGCGACGAUGUGCGCGGUGGAGGUCUGAUACGGAUGUACGCUAGGGGCGACACAUCCAACGUUACUAUCCCAUCGCUGUUCACCUCACAUACGACCGCGCACCUGCUGUCGUCUCUUCUGCCGUCUGGUAAGACCUUAUCAGGCGUUGUUCCCUCCCAGCAGAAGAACAAGCCCGUACCCACGGGGACUACGCCUCAGUCCACAACUACUCCCUCUGUCGGCAGUCAAGAUGGCCCUCUUGCAUCUGUGGAAGAAAACUCCCCUGGUAAGGGUUGGCUGCACUCGCUGUUGACCGCACUUGGUCUUGCCAGUGCAAAAGAGCAACCAACAGACAACUUCAAGAUCGGCGAAGACGAUUGGCGAGACCCUAAGUUCCGCAACCUGCCUACGACGACUCUUCCUGCACCGCCAACUUCUACUCCUACGUCAUCCACUUCUGUGAUAAGUAGCAGUCGUCACAGAGUUGAGACGAAGUACACAGCGCCGAACAGCGAACACAAAGCGCACUGGCGCUCCUGGCUGGGAUCAAGACGAAGGAGUGUCACAUCCAUCACCAGCGCUGACAACCAGGAGAUCGAUACGCUUUCUGGCGAUGCGCAACCUCACGAAGGUCUUUGGGUGACGCUUACGCCCACGAACGUCUCGUCCAGUCCUUUCUUCGACACCCUCCUUGUCCUUGUUGUCAGUCCACUUGUAACCCUCUCUGUUGUGUAUGCUUUACUGCUCCUUCGGUCUCGUAUAAGACGCCGACGCUGGAGAGCUCCCAAGUCGGUUGUUGAGCGACUCCCUGUUCGGACUUAUCAAACUAUAAGCGACUCAUCGUCGUCGCCAUCCGCUACGUCUGAAGCAGCGACUCCCACCACUCCUCUACUUCAACGUCCUUCCUCUCAACCAGCCUCGUCACCAUCUUGUUCGGUGUCACGAGACGAGCCUGAGGCGCCCGCAACAUCUUCCUCUGUUCAACGCACGGCCCGUGACCGAGAAGAAGAGAAACGCGAAACUGGUCUAGCCGAAUGGAGACGCCGGUAUGGUGGUCGACAGAAAGAAUGCGUCGUCUGUCUUGAGGAGUAUGUGGACGGUGUCAGCCAGGUUAUGAGUCUACCAUGCGGUCAUGAGUUCCACGUGGACUGCAUUACGCCUUGGCUGGUAACACGCAGACGAACGUGUCCCAUUUGCAAAGGCGAUGUUGUGCGGUCACUAUCUCAGGCCUACUCAGAUCAUCCGAGCCCCUCACAACCGACACCUCGAUUAACUGACGAUGAACACGUUGUGGAUGCAUUGCAGAUCCAAGCCGCGGAGACUCGCAAUGAUUCCCCAUCGGCCUCUCGACCUUUGUCCACAUCCGCAUCCGCACCCAGUAGUUAUCGCACAGAAUCUGACGAUGACGUGGAAGCAAACUGGUCGACCGAAGAGCGUCAGCCAAAUGCGCAAGAUAUACCCGGAAGCAGUGCAACCGAGUUAAGCACCUCGGUGCGCGACUUGAGUUCCACUGUUUCUACGGUCAUUUGGCGAGGCUUCGAUGCGGUUAGGAGUACCGCUGGCCUUCAGCGACGCCCGCCAGCCGAGGACGUCGACCGAGAUCGAUGA